AUGCUACCCGAAAAGAACGUCGGCCCUCCUCCAAUCCAUCUACACAUCCCAUCCACCCAAGGAUCCGUUGACUCAAAUCAAAGCCCAAGGGGUGACUCGGACAGAAGCUCAAGAACAGACUCAGUAGAACCGAGAGAAGUCCUAGCGAUAAAAAUUGCGAGAUCACUCCAGGCCAAGCAGCGCAAAAAUAGAAUUCCAGUUGACUAUAAUAAAAGCGUCCUGGAUGUGUAUAAAAAUGUUCUAAGAUUCAUAUUUACUCGGUCGGACUCACUGGACAUGCUGUGUCGACCCUGGGCGCCUGCUGGCUUGAAUCUACCUUCUUGGAUGCGGCCUGUUUCGGACAAUCCCUUUGCCACGGAAAGGCAUGGGGUUUAUCGUCGGGUUAAUGCUGAUCCCCUAGUGGGUAAGCCCUGGCCUAGCCCGAAUCUUUACAGGGCUGCACAUAGUAUCCCCGCCGACUGGAAAUUUGACCCAGAUGUGAACGAAAGCCUCAACGUUCAAGGAUUUGUGCUGGACGCAGUACGGAAAAAGGGAUCAGCCGCACGCGCUGGGGUUAUUCCAUCUGACUGGAACACUAUUGCCGGCUGGGACAACUCAAGCUCGCCACCUCCGGAGACUUUCUGGAGGACAUUGGUUGGGAAUCGGGACUUUUCAAGCCACAAACCACCGCGGCAUUGA